GCUACUUCAAUGUGAGACGAUGUCCAACGAAAAUACAAUUUUAUGAUAUUUGAUAUACGUAAGCUUUAAUAGAUAAAGAACCCUCAUUUUCUAAAUAAUUAAGGGUGCAACCAGGAAGCAAUCAUAAAACAGCAAGAAAAUGGAAGUAUGCCCUGAGUAUGUUGUUCUUCAAUCUGCUUUUCAACUGGCACAUGAAAAGGCAGGUCAACGUCUCCCUGACUUGCCAAAGAAUGCCUGUGAGGAAUACACAACAAUUGUGAGCCUAGCUGUCAGUGAGAUCUGUUGCGGUCUGCAGAAUGACCUUGAUGAUGAGGAGUCAUUGUCAUGGAAACAGAAACUGCAUUCCUUGCUUCUCUAUUCUCUGGUGAAGAAAAAGUACCAAGAGGCAGAGCCAAAGCCAGUUGUCCACCAGAUUCCCACGUACACCAGUCAGGACUUACUCUCUGCCGGCCUGCCGACAUUCAGCUGCCACCUGUAUUUCCAUGUCAUCCAAAGGUGUAAUAUGGUACCACUGUUUCUUCAGAGUCUGAAAUACUUGCCCCAGCAAACAGCUUCCAUGAUUUUCACCGACUUGUUGACACAUUGUCAGGACCCGCCUGUCUCUGAACUAGAUACAGAAACUAUUACCAUGGUAACAGAGAGUUUUUUUGCAAGGUGCUUGCUUGUUCCUGAAGAGAAAAACUCGGGCUUAGAAGAAUUUCUUCUUCCACUGUCAACACAAAGAAAAUACAUCUGCACAAUAUAUCCUGAAAGCCCUGAUACUCAUGAGAAAGGUCAAGGUCAGAACAAAAAUUUAAAUGAUCAUUUUUGGAGAGGUGGAACUUCAUUCUUUGAUGAUUAUAUUGAACAGCACCCUGAGUUAAUAGAAUCAGUGAUGCAGCAUAUGGAAGGUGACUUAAAUGAGACAUUGAAAUUAAAGAGAGAAAAUGGUUGCUCAAUAACUGUUGGAAGAGUAGGGAUUUUAUGUAUGUUACUUGCAUUUGAAUCUAAUCAAAAAGAAAUUGAAAAUUGGAUGGCCCAUAAUUUGUUUGGUACUGCUACAUAUUUACCACAUGAAGUGCAUAACAGCAUAGCUGUGAAUCCUCGAAUAGCAAAAUGCAUUGGUAAAAUUGUUACAUUAGACAAAAUGAAAGAAUUCAAGAAAAGACUUGGCGAGUGGCUUAGUACAUCAAGAAAAGAUUUUGAAAAUUGUACAGUAAAUGACAUGACGCGAGCAAAUAUUGAAUGUAAAAAUCUGACAUCAGAAGGUCCUGGAAAUUUAUCAUUAAAAGAGGAUGGCAAAAAUAUUACAUCAAAUGGAAGCUGUAGUCUUCUGACAUCAAAGGUAGAUUAUGAACAUCUGACAGAUACAGUUGUCGUACGGAAUGAUGUAUUGAAAAGAAAGAUUUUUGAAGAUGAAGGAGGUGUAUUUCACAAUCUGACACAGUUUGGAGCUGAUUUUCAUGAAAUUAGUGACGCAUCAGUGGUGUAUGGAGAAUCAUGGAGUGAGGAUGUCACACUGGAAGCCCUUCUAUGGAGGAUACAGAUGUCAAUGUCCCAGUUACAUGCGGAAGCAUGCAUCCAGACUCUUCUGCAGCCUUCGUGCUUGCAGUUUUGGCUAUCAGAAAGAUUGUAUGAAGUUUUACAGAACAAAGUUCAUCUACUCAACAAAAUGGGAAACCUGAUGAAGUUUGUUGACAUUUGUCUUUAUUAUUUACAAAUGGUGGAUGUCAACCAAAGGGAAGUAACUGGUCAUCUGAAAAAACUUCUCUUUCUUGCUUUCCAUGGAUUAUCUUCUCAUGAUCAGGAUGAAUUUGUUGCGGAAAUACAUAGUGCCAGGCCAUAUGAAGCAAAACAGAUAUUCCAAGCAGUGAACAAAAACAAGCUGACUCAGGUUUUCAACAAAAUUACAGCUGAUAUAGAUGAAACAGCAAUGCAGGAUGUGAUGGGAUUAUGCCUUCAAGACCCAAUCCGUAUCAUCCGCUUUGUUGUGUCCAGUUGUGUGGCUAAUGAACAGCAGGCAAUCCAUUGUGCACAGGUGCUUGGCUACUUUCCACAGACCUGUCGAGCCUCAUACUUGGUUUUCCCUGACAUAUCCCUCCUGACUGGAGCCAUACAAGAAUUUCUGCUACAGGACACACUGACAGACAAACAACAGAAAUGCUUCGUUGUCUUUGUCAGAGAGCUCAUGAAGUUGAAGGGCAAAAGUCCACUCAGAGCAGCAGAAUUCUGUGACAGUGUAGUUUUACCUCACAUUAGCAUUGAAAACUUACUGUCUCCAUUGGCAUCUGUAACCAUAGCAACAGAAUUUGCCUUGACCCUCUUAAUGGAGGUCAUGCAAUCUAGAAGUGCUAUUUUUAGACCUCUUGAUCAUCUUGGUGCACAAAUUAAUCAAGGAAAGGAAGUGAAUGAGGAUUAUGUGGAAGUGGUUGCUGUUGUGUGUAUUUUUGCUGCGCUGCUCCAGGAAUGUACUUUUAUUUGGGACAAUGAUUUUGAAGCUGGAGGUGACCUUGAACUUGAUACAGUUGUCGUAGAAACUGGAAGGCGAAAACUGGCUGUGAAAGAGAAAGUAAUCAGUAUCUUUCCAUUACUUGGCAAGAACUUGUCACAGGGAAAAUGCACUAUCAGUGAAAAUGAAGCAGACUGGUUGAUGACUACACUGACUGAUACCCACUGGACAGUCAAGUUACGAGUGGCUGAGAUGUUGUCAAAUGCCGGACACGGCCAGCACUAUGUGUCAAUGGUUGACCAGUCAUUUGAGCUGUCCAGUGAACCACUGGACCUACUGACUGCCUGUGCCCUGGUCAGCGUGGACGCUUCCCUCCACACUCGAACAUUGGAAACCCUUCUGGAUAUUCAUACGCCAUCUGGUUAUGAGGACUGGAUUGGAGCAUUAAUUCAGAUUCUGCCCAAUUUGUCGAGUACAGAGGCCCAUUCAGUAUUCCAGCUACUGUCACAGUUCAUACAAAGGUCCGAGGGGCUAGAAUGGACAUAUAGGGUGUCUUCAACAUUAACACUGCCGGGACUUGAUUUGACAGCCUUACAGAGUGUACUGUACACCAGCCAGUUGCUAAGUGAUACAUUGGUUACCAUGGCAUUGACCUUGACCCCAGACACCUUGACGACCACCAUAAUACAACAUGUCACACAGGCCUAUGUCUCCUAUAUCAAGCAUUCCUGCACCAGCCUGCAAGGCAGUGCUAGCCAGGAGCUGUUCUGCCUUUGUGAGAUUUUUCACCAGGUCAUGCAUGUGACCUUGAACCUUAUGUCAGAGGUCAAAUCCCAACCACUGGUACUUCUCAUGCACAUUGUUACCAAGUUCAAGGAAGUUACCAAAGCAACUGGGGAUGGUGGUGCUAAAAAUAGAAUGAAGCAGUCAAUGGUUUCCAAAUCUGAUGCUAUGAAAACUUUGUCAGGAAAUAACAGGAAAUUGGUGAAGAAUUUGGAAAAUGGAAUGUUAGCCGCUGUGAAUGGAUUGGACAAUGAGAAUGAGGAAAAACAUAUGUUAGUGAAAAAGUUGCAGGAGUCGCAUGCUUCUUUAUAGUGACAAAACACCGUUUUAAUUAAAUAGUGGCAAAAGAUCAUCCUUUUCUAGUAACAGACAAGAUUCUGUUCUGUCAACAUUUUAAUCUGACAUGAGGGGUCCAUGAUUGUCUUUAACUGAAGUAUAAAAUUCUUUCUUUUGGAAACAUUUUUUGUUACGUUAUAUUAGAUUCAUAAUAUAAAUCAAGUAUGCAUAUUUGUUCAUGUAAUUUGCAUAAGCAUGCUUAUUAUUGAAAAAUUAAGUUUGGUCACAUUGUUGGUUUAAUCCAAGCAGAAUUCAGCAAAAAAAAUGCAUGAUUUUGUUAUUGAAACAAUCAUAUACCUAAUGAGUAAUGAGCUUCUUUGCGCAAUGUUGGGCCUUCGGAUAUUAUUUUUAUAAAUAAAUAAUCCCAAAAAUAAUGACUUCAACAUGUUUCAACACUCUUUCUGGUUAAGGUUUUGCAUGUAACCAACCACCUUUAAGUCAAUAUCUCAGCGAAUACAUAAUGUAUUGCAUUGGAACUUUAUACACAAGCUCGCAACCAUUCAACCUUCUUAAUAAAUCAAGUAAGAUUAUAAGUAUCUUCCAUGGCCGAGAGUGUAAGAGGUUUACCGAGUUUCCGCAAAACACCCUGCGCGAGGGUCGGGAUGAACUCUAUCUUACACGAGCGGCUGUGGUAGAUGCUUUUUCUCCACCUUAUUUAAACAAAAUUAAGUAAAAAUGUACUUUUUGCUGGAAAUCUUCUUGUGCGUAGAAUAUAAAUGCGUAUGGAUAUGCGAUAAUUCGUGGUUGUCAUGGAUAUGCGCGCAGUGAUUCAGAUUAUGUUAAUAGUCAAAUCGGUCUUUAAAUAGUUCUGAGGAGAGUGAAGCAUUAUUUCUUGAAAUGUGUGUGGAAAAAUAUGGUGACAUUUGAAGCGAAAAAUAAUUAAAUAGCAUUAUAAAAAUUGCCACAAGACAAGGUUUCUAUGAUGCUACAUACGACAGUCUUCAACAGGGAUAGAAUUUCUAGCAUGGUUAUUUUUUUGGAUCUACUUAUCUGAGGUGGUAGAAAUGUUCAUCAAAAUCAAAUCAAAUCUCAUGUUGUGACACAUAUGAUACAGGGGUUCUAAAGUUCAGACAGAUGAUUCUGAAAUCAGGAUAGAACAUUUGAACUGUUUUAACAUGGGAAUAUUGUGAAGUUGUACAAAAUAUUUUUUGUUGAACAAUUUGCAGUCGUUAAAACAGGAAAGGACUGAUAGAGAUUGAAAAUGAUGA